AUGGAUAGACUUCUUAAACUGACGGGAUUUGGUUGGGACGACGAUGACAAAAUGAUAAAAGCUUCAGAAGAAACUUGGGAGGAACUAAUUGAGAAGGAUAAGUCACUCCAAGAAUAUCGAGAAAAGGUGUGGCCUAGUUGGGAAGAUCUUCAACAAAUAUGUGCUAGUUCAACGGCAUCUGGAGUUGGUGCUGUAUCUAGCAAAGGGAAAGAUGGUGCAUGCAAAACUAAAUCAUCUCAAAUUGAUCUCAAUAAGGAUGUUGAAGUACAUGAAAUCGAGUCUGAUGAAAACAAUGGCUCCCCUGGUGUGUUCACUAAGAAGUCAACAGCCAUUGAGCCAGAAAAAAAGAAAUUCCCUGGAAGUGGAUCAAAAGAAACUACAAGAGGACAAAAACGUACAGCUGAUGGUGCCAUAAUAGCAAUUGAUCGUCUUGCAGAUGCAUCACUCAGCAUUGCUGAAGCAAAGAAAAAAACAGCAGAACAAAAUGACACUUACUCGGGAACCAUGAACAGUCUGAAUGUUCCAGAUGAUGAAUUUUCUGAUUCCGAGCAAGUUCUUAUUAAUAACAUUUCUGCAGUGUCCGUCUUUCGUGAUGUGUUGUUCACAAGGUUAUUCAAAACACCUCGUAACACCUCCAUAUUAACUGGUGCCCAGAAAACAAAAGAGUUGCUAGAGGGACAUCCAGUUAGAUUUUAUGAACAAAUUCGUCUUGAGAAGCACAUAUUCUACUUGCUGCGAGAUGUUUUGUGUGAGGGAGGCUUACUGAAGGAUAAAAAGCGAAUGACAGUGGACGAACAACUACUCAUGUUUCUACAUACCAUUGGUCACAAUGUUAGGAACCGUGUCAUCCAAGAUAGAUAUCAGCAUUCUGGUGAACCAAUCAGCCGACACUUCAACAUUGUUUUAGAUGCCAUAAAUGGGUUGCGUGAUGUUUGCAUAACAGAUCCAAGGAAUGAAAUCCCGGCAAAAAUAUUGGGUGAUGCAAGGUUCUACCCAUAUUUCAAGAACUGCCUAGGAGCAAUUGAUGGGACACACAUUGAGGCAAAAAUCAGGCUAGAUAAGCAAACUCCUUAUAGAAAUAGACAUGGUUACCCCUCUCAAAAUGUAAUGGCAGCAGUGUCAUUUGACAUGACAUUCUCAUAUGUCGCUGCUGGAUGGGAAGGUUCUGCGUCAGAUCAAGCAGUUCUAAGAUGGGCUGUUACUAGUGGGGGUUUUGUUGUCCCUGAAGGUAAAUUUUAUCUUGUUGAUUCUGGAUAUGCAAAUACUCCAAAAUUUAUUGCCCCGUACCGUGGAGAUCGUUAUCAUAUUGCUUCUUUUUGUGGAAGUAAUCGACGAUAUACUAGUGAGAAAGAUAUGUUCAAUCAUCGGCACGCACAACUACGAAAUGUUGUUGAGCGAACUUUUGGUGUUCUAAAAGCUCGCUUUCCAAUUUUAAGUAGGAAAGGAGGAAUUCCUUAUCCAUAUAAAACACAAGUCAAAAUUGUUAUGGCUUGUUGUAUUAUCCACAACUUCAUCCGGAUGGUUAAUCAUCAUGAUGAGUUGUUCGAGCUUUAUGAGCAUGGGGAAGCACAACAACAUGUUGACCAUGGUGAUCAGCAAGUUAGAGGGCAAGCAAGAGAAGAUGAACGAGCUGCUGGUGAGAGAGUUCGUGCAGGCAUUGCUCGACAAUUGUGGAGUAAUCAUCAACAGCGUUCCGCUCAACAACCAGAAGAUGAUUGA